GUUUGUUAUUUGCAUUUUUAUUUGAGGGAGAAACUUUUCCUUCUUGUUUCAAUGUAAUAAACCAUAUUUAAUCAUUUGUACUUUGCUUGAAGUUUUCUCUUAUGCCAAAGAAGACAAGUACUUCCAAAGUUUGAAAGCUUCUACUAAGGUUUGAGAAAUUGGAGAUAAACUGUCGACAUGAUUACGAUUCUUUACAAAGUUCUUUCAAACAUGGUAAUCCUCCUCCACGUUAUCAUUAUGAAAACAGAACAUUUCAUAACGUCAGAUUGAAUACAGAUUUGGGUGACCAGGAUUGUGAAUUAAGAAUCGUCAAAUGCAUCAAUAUUUCACUUCCUUCAUGUUACAACAAAGACGAUAUGAAAGUGUAUGUGUCCUUUGCAUUUCCCUUUCCAAACGAUCAACCUCAAACUGGCUUCACGGAAACCAUCAAACACAACAUUAAUUCUGAUGUUUAAAGACUACGGAGUAGAGGAUGCUGGGAUAUCAGAGCGGGACAGAAUCUGGGCGAAAGGCUGGUUUCCAGUCCUUUUUGAGCUUUCGUGUAUCAUCAACCGAUGUAAACUAGAUGUCAGAACAAGAGGCCUAACCGUGACGUUUGAAAUCAUGAAAACAUACGGGAACACGGUUCUCCAACAUUGGUGGCGUGAUGUGUUUAAAGUCGUGUUUCGAAUUUUCGACAACAUGAAACUACCAGACAGACAGAUAGAUUGGCAGGAGAAAUCAGAAUGGAUGACAACAACUUGUAAUCACGCUCUAUAUGCUAUCAUCGAUGUUUUUACUCAGUAUUUUGAUAUUCUUGCUGAAAUUCUUCUUGAUGAUAUGUAUGGCCAUCUAGAGUGGUGUGUCAAACAAGAUAACGAGCAGUUAGCGAGGUCUGGUACCAAUUGUUUGGAAAAUCUCGUCAUAUCCAAUGGCAACACGUUCUCCGAAAACGUCUGAGAAAAGACAUGUCAAUGUGUAAAGACGAUAUUUGAAUCAACUGUACCUCACGAACUAUUGAAAUGGAGACCCGCUGACCAACAAGUAAUGAGUCUACCUACACCCGAUGU